UUCAGUUUUUCUUUUGGGUACUUGUAGACUGUAGUUUGUACGAAGAAAUUUGUGACGAAGUGUUUACAGUUUACAUUUUAUUUUCAUUACAUUUAGAAAUAUGGCUGCAGAAAUUAAGCCUGCUCCAAGAACACCUAAUGAUAGGUUUUCUACUACAAAAAAACCAGCUCUACUUAGCAAAUUAGAAGGUUGUACUGACGAUGUUAACGCUGCUGUUGUGAUACCUGGUGAGGACGGAGUAAUUAGCGUUUGCGAUGAUAAGACUGUACGAGUAUGGUUGAAAAGGGACUCUGGCCAAUAUUGGCCAAGUAUAUGUCAGUAUAUGCCAUCUGGAUGUACUUCAAUGUUUUACACUCCGGAGACAAGGCAACUUUUUAUUGGACAAGAAAAUGGUACCAUUUCAGAGUUCACCUUGGCCGCCGACUGUAAUAGAAUAAACCCUACACGCGAAUAUCUAGCACACACGGCUCGAGUGACUGCAGUAGUAUUUUCAUUAAGCUGUGAAUGGGUUUUAUCUGUAAGUAGGGACAAAAUGUUCUCUUACCACUGUAGUGAAACAGGUAGAAGAAUUGGUGGUUACUCCUUUGAAGCAUGGUGUACAGCCUUACAAUUUGAUUCCCAAUCAAAAUAUGCAUUUGUUGGAGACUAUAGUGGACAAAUAACUAUGUUAAAAUUAGACAAUAAUGGAGCAACAUUAGUCACAACAUUAAAAGGGCAUACUGGUUCUGUUAGAGUGUUGAAUUGGGCGGCAAUACCACAACUCCUGUUUAGUGGUUCCUUUGAUCAAACUGUAAUUGUAUGGGAUAUAGGAGGUCAGAAGGGAACAGCUUAUGAACUUCAAGGGCACAGCAACAAGGUGACAGGGUUAUGGUAUGUUGGAGGCUGUCAGAGGCUGCUCUCGAGUGGGGAGGAUGGGGCGUUGGGCGUUUGGGAAAUGGGCGUUCCUCGCAAGGAAACACCGGCGUGGCGUGAAAGUGAUAUUUGUCAGCUAUGCCGAGCACCCUUUAUAUGGAAUGUGCGAGCGAUGAUGGAGAAGAAGCAGCUUGGUCUUCGUCAACAUCACUGUCGUUGGUGUGGGGCGGCAGUUUGUGGGGCGUGUUCCCCUCAUCGUUUGCCGUUACCCAUUAUGGGCUUUGAAUUCCCGCAGCGCGUCUGCACUGGCUGCUACGACACGCUUCGACAUGAGCCCCGCGAAUCCCUAGCGUCAUUCCACGAUAUGAAGCACGCGGUGGCGUCCCUCUACAUGGACGAAGCCACGGGACGAAUGUGCACAGCUGGCAAGGAUAGGGUUAUAAAGGUUUGGGAUAUUAGCGUGCUAGUAGCGCCUGCUCCAAAGCCCGGAACGAGCGACCAAUAACCAUUACGACCGGGACUUUAAAAGGGUAAAAUUACGAAAUACGAAUAGUUAUACAAACCAUAGAGGUGUCAAACUGUCUAAUGUUAACUGUCAAAAAGACAGCAAUUUUUUUAAUUUUUAUCUGAUACGAUUGUCUGCGGACGAUGCACUUUUGUUUUAAAUAAUUUCUACUACGUCUUGUUUAUGUAUUAAAAAUAUUUGUCAGAUUGUCUUGGUCUAUGACUUGUCAUUUAAAGGUCUGUUUGUUUUCAAUCUGGUUUUAUAUAUUGAGAGUUACAAUACCGGUGUUUAGCAAUAUAAAUGUGUCGUCGAAAGUAUGACAGCGAUUCGAAACUUCUUAUAAAAAAAACUAAAUCAGAAUAACCCUUUAACUAAAGUAUUAUAUUGUCAAAUUCUGUUAAUACUGUAAUGAAUACCGUAGUGCUUUAGUUAAAACGGUGCAAUAAUAUUUACUUUUGGGUACCACUCGUAAUUACGUCCACGUAUUUUUGGUGAUUGGAUCCGGUCCGAUAUUUAUUUUUAUUAAAAUGAGAUCAAUUUCCCGACGUCUCGAACGCUUUCCAUAUUUUUCAACACAAAAUUAUUAAUGGUAAACGUUUCUUUGCCUACGCAUAAAUAAAAUGCGAAAGGUCAUUUCAAGGUCAGACCUAAUGGUCGUAGUUUUAGAGCAUGUGUCAAUACAUUAUUAGUCACGUAUUAUAUUUGUUUAAUGUUUAAACUUCGAUAAAUCCUGUCAUUAAAGUGUAAUUUCCAACGGUGGAAAUUCUUUUUGUUGGGUUUUCAUUAACACUCCACUGUUGUCGCUUGUAUAUUAAUCGUGCAGUACGCUUGCGGUGCCCACAUGUCUACCCUCAUUUGUCUAUGUGGGUACCCACACUGGAAAUUAAAUGUGUAAAUAAGGUAUGUAAAACGUUAUAGCCCGGUUUCUAUAAAGUAAUACGAUUGAUAAAUGCCAGAGAGAGGUUCUAGAUCAGUUUUUUAUAGUUAGUAUGUGGAUCAACGAAUACUUUGUCUAUACUGUGUACUGUAGUAAGACUGAUUCUUUCAAGAUCUUAGCUAAGUUCACUCAAUUUAACGGUCCUUUUGAACCAUAAACAACUAGAAGAAUGUUUUGGAAUUGUUUUGUUUGAAGUUUGGACUGUGUUAAUUAGUUAAAACAGUUUAAGCGUGACUCUUAAAAAGUUGCUGAACUUCGUUUAAGCUUGGUUAAAUAUGUUUUUGUAGAUUUGAUAAGGAUCUAAAGAUCUUUUAUUUUCCAAAAUUACUUACGAAUUUAAUUACAUAAAUCUAUUAUUAAAUUGUUAGAGGAACGAGAUUUAGUUUGUGGUUCCUGCUGAAUCGUUUUUGAGAAACUUUGAUAUUGUUAUAUUUAUGUUUUUUUUUCGUAGAAAGCAUUUCUACGCAGGCGAUGUCGCGGGUUUAAGUAUUUUUAACCUUAGAUGUUUGUAGAGUUUAUAAAAUUUAUGUAAUAAUAUUUUAUAAAAUUUGCUGUUUAGAUAUAUUUAUCUUUAUUAUAUUUAGCAAAUACAGGCUGUUUCACGUAUGUAAAAAAAACGUCAUAAAUAUAAUGAUUUUCAUAUUAAUAUUAAAAAAUAUAAUCAAUAUUUUUGGUAGGAAAGUCUGAAACACCCUGUAUAACGCAUGUUUGUUAUUUCUUGCAGCUCAGUUAUAUGUUGUUGAAUGUGAAGCCGAAAGUACCAAGUUCUAUUUCUUAUUAAAUAAAUUUCGGAAGCCCUUAAAUUUGUUUAAAACGUCAUAUCUUUUUCAUUAUAUAUGCGUCUCUGAACUGUUUUAUCUAAUAUUAUACUGCAAGAUUCAGGCUCGUGUGCAAAAAGGUCUCAAUUCUUAAUCUUGUCUUGAGCGCUGUCAGUAUAAAGCUCAGUUCAUUAUUGCAGUAUUGUCUAUGUUGCUAUCUUGCAGUAUUGUCUAUGUCGAAUGUAAUAUUCUAACUUGAAUUUAUGUCUGCAUUAUGUCUACGAGCAGCUGGUGAGUGACGCCGUAAAA